AAUGGAUGAUGAGGACUGUGAAAGAAGAAGAAUGGAGUGUUUAGAUGAAAUGUCCAAUCUUGAAAAGCAGUUUACAGACCUUAAAGACCAGCUUUACAAAGAAAGAUUAAGCCAAGUGGAUGCAAAACUACAAGAGGUCAUAGCUGGAAAAGCGCCUGAGUAUUUAGAACCGUUGGCAGCUUUACAAGAAAAUAUGCAAAUCCGAACCAAGGUGGCAGGUAUCUAUAGAGAGCUUUGUCUGGAAUCUGUGAAGAACAAGUAUGAAUGUGAAAUUCAAGCCUCUCGACAGCACUGUGAGAGUGAAAAGCUUCUGUUGUAUGAUACUGUACAAAGUGAACUAGAAGAGAAGAUUAGAAGACUUGAAGAAGACAGGCAUAGCAUUGACAUUACCUCAGAAUUAUGGAAUGAUGAGUUACAGUCCAGGAAGAAAAGGAAGGAUCCAUUUAGUCCAGAUAAGAAGAAACCUGUUGUUGUAUCAGGCCCCUAUAUAGUUUAUAUGUUACAAGACCUUGAUAUACUUGAAGACUGGACAACAAUAAGGAAGGCAAUGGCUACACUGGGGCCACACAGAGUAAAGCCAGAACCACCUGUCAAAUUAGAAAAGCAUUUACAUAGUGCUAGAUCUGAAGAAGGAAGACUCUAUUAUGAUGGAGAGUGGUAUGGACGUGGACAGACGAUAUGCAUUGAUAAGAAAGAUGAAUGUCCUACAAGUGCCAUAAUUACAACGAUUAACCAUGAUGAAGUUUGGUUUAAAAGACCGGAUGGAAGCAAGUCCAAGCUGUAUAUUUCUCAGCUACAGAAAGGAAAGUAUUCAAUAAAGCAUAACCACAACUGACCAUUGUUAACCAGAUAUGAAACAAGUGGUAUUGCCAUGCUUGAUGUGCCAUGGGGUGAAAGUUGUAUUUAAUAGUGUUUUGUAUUCCUUAUAAAGUUACAGCAGUAUCUGAUGUGUAUUUGUAGUGCUGUAUGUAAACUUCAUAUGGAUGGCCUUCUGAAACCUGAGGAUGUUAAAUCAUGUUGACAGACAUUUUACCUCUAAAUUGGGUCCAGUGCCUAAGAUAUGAAGUAUACUCCUCAAGUAUAAUGGCUCAGAACUCCUCAUAUUUGUAAAAUGAAAAAAAAAAGAAAAGAAAAAAAAAUUGUUGUUUUUUUUUUCCAUUGGUGACCAGUUGAUGUGAUAAAAAUAAUAACCAUAACUACCAGCAACUCGCUUUGUUUUCAGUGAACAUGUCAUGCUUCUCUUGUGGAUGUAAAUUUAGCCUGUUCAGCUGUUGCUUUUGGAAGAUUGUAACAUGCAUAAGCAUUCUUUUAUCCAAAGUGGACCGAUUUAUUAAAGUUAUUGCCCUCGACAGCUCUGCUAGUACUGACUGUGUUAUAUUUUGUAAGGUUUACUAUAUUGCUUGUAAUAAGACAAAGCCAAUAUUUUGAGCUACAUUUUUUGAGGAGCACUUUUCUAGUUUAGGACCCUAUUCUAUAGUAAACAAAUCAUUGGUGAUUUUUUUUUUUUCUUUUUCUUCUUUCCCAGGUUGCCAGCAAAAUGUAUGCAUAAAGUAGACAGUGUUGCUCCAACCUGUGUUAUAUGUAGCCCACAAAGAACGACUGCGGGGAUGGUUAUGUAAAUACUGUUGCAUGCUCUGCUUGUUUGGUCCACAGUUGUAUGAAAUAUUACGAAUCUUUUUUUCAAAAGGAAAAUACUUCCCUAGAAAUCACAUAUCUGGGAAAAUUUACACUGACUUUUUCGCCAAACACUGUUUUAUAAAUUUCUGUACCCUACUUCAUCUUAUUGUACACCAGAAUUAUUUCAUGCAGUUUAGAAAGCUGAAUUUCUCUUAAAUCUUGCUGUUUAAGCCGCGGAGAAAAGUCCUAAAUUCUUGAUGUUAACUGUGAUGUGCUUAGAACAUCUAGAAUGAUAGAUGGGAUUACUGAAGAAUUAUUAAUGCGUUGGUUGUGUGCACUUUAAUCUCCACUUAUGGUGAUUCUUCUUGGAGAAAGAAAGUAUCCAUUUGCUUUAAAUGAUCACAGCAAAUAAGUAUUUUUAUUGUAACAUAUAAAUGUUUUAUUCCUAUAUUAAUUGUCUCUUCUAGUGCAGGGUGGUAACUACUUUCCAAAUGCCAAAUCAGUUUCUGCUGAGUGAUGCUUUUCUACAAUUGUAUGACAAUAUUAAUCAAAUGUACAUAAAGUAUCAAUUGACAUGUUAGCUUUUAACAAUAUGAACUGUAUGUAUACAGUUGUUUGAUAAAGUUUUUGUAAUAAAAUAUUUGUAUUUUUUAACUUAGUAUAUAAAUAAAUCAUCUGUGGUAGUGGA